CGGCCGAGGGGGCGGUCGUUUGAAUUCGGUGCCUUAGAGCUGAUCUUAAACAUCAUUUUAUACCUUCAAGAACCAAUUACUUAAUGUCUCUUCCGUCUUUUCCUUCCCCGACCCCCUCCCAGACUCCUUCAUUCCGGUACUGCGUGGACGGAAAGCCCCGGGUAGCCGCCACCACGUCCCCGGCUAGCGAGAGGGAGCGUAGAAAAGGAUUCCUCCCAACUGUUUAAAUCCAACGGCUCCUGCUGCCUCUCUCCAGAGCUAGACCCAACCAGCCUAGAGGGCUGGGCUACGGAAACACUAGUAUUUUCAUUUAAGUGGAUAUGAAGAAAGAACAAAUAAGUACGGGGGCAACCACGAUCUUUAUAAAGAACAUAAGUUCCAGGAAAGCAGGAACCUUGUCUCUCUUGUUCACUGGUGUAUCCUCUGCAUAUAGAACAGUGCCUGGCAAAUAAUAGGUGCCGAAUUUUGCUUUAAAGACUGAUCAGAAGACACUACACUUGGUAUACCACAGCCAGGACUUCAUAAUUCAGUAGCACUCCAGAGGAGAGCCAACUGAGGAAUAUCACAGGAGUGGAGUCGCCUGGUGAAUCAGCAGGCCUAAUAAACAUUACCAUCUAGUUUGCAUAAAAGUCAUAAUAGCUUGAUGACUUAUCACAUAAGCUCCUCCUACCUCAUAGAUAUUCAAAUCCAUUUUUGAAAAAGCGUUUUUCCAGCGUCCUCAACUAUCUAACAUACUUAAAAUCUUUGGAGUUUGCUUAUUGAUGGAAGCUAUAAAGUCUAAGGCUAAUUGUGCCCAGAAUCCAAAUUGUAACAUAAUGAUAUUUUAUCCAACCAAAGAAGAGUUUAAUGAUUUCGAUAAAUAUAUUGCUUCCAUAGAAUCCCAAGGUGCUCACCGAGCUGGCCUGGCUAAGAUCAUUCCACCAAAGGAAUGGAAAGCCAGACAGACCUACGAUGAUGUCAAUGACAUGGUGAUAGCCAAUCCCCUCCAGCAGGUGGCGUCUGGGCGAGCAGGUGUGUUCAUUCAAUACCACAAAAAGAAGAGGGCCAUGACAGUGGGCGAGUAUCGCCUGUUGGCAAAUAGUGGGCAGUAUCAGACUCCACCACACUUGGACUUUGAGGAUCUGGAGCGGAAAUACUGGAAAACGCGCCUGUACGACUCGCCCAUAUAUGGCGCUGACAUCAGUGGCUCCUUAUUUGAUGCCAACACUAAACAAUGGAACCUUGGCCACCUGGGAACCAUCCAGGACCUGCUGGAGCAGGAGUGUGGGGUUGUCAUCGAAGGCGUCAACACCCCCUACCUGUACUUUGGCAUGUGGAAGACCACCUUCGCUUGGCACACGGAGGACAUGGACCUUUACAGCAUCAACUACCUGCACUUCGGGGAGCCCAAAACGUGGUACGCGGUGCCCCCAGAGCACGGCCAGCGCCUGGAGCGCCUGGCCAGGGACCUUUUCCCGGGCAGCUCUCGGGGCUGCCAGGCCUUCCUGCGGCACAAGGUGGCCCUCAUCUCGCCCACUGUCCUCAAGGAGAACGGGGUCCCGUUCAGUCGCAUCACUCAGGAGGCUGGAGAGUUCAUGGUGACCUUUCCCUAUGGCUACCACGCUGGCUUCAACCAUGGCUUCAACUGUGCGGAGGCCAUCAACUUUGCCACCCCGCGAUGGGUCGACUAUGGCAAAGUGGCCUCUCAGUGCAGCUGCGGGGAGGCCCGGGUGAGCUUCUCCAUGGACGUGUUCGUGCGCCUCCUGCAGCCCGAGCGCUAUGAGCUGUGGAAACGCGGGCAGGACCGGACUGUUGUGGACCACGUGGAGCCCACGGCGCCGGGCAGCCAGGAGCUGAGUGUCUGGAGGGAGGGCAGGGCGGCCUGGAGAUCUGCGGCCCUUGUGCGCAAGCCAUGCCUGCGCCCCUCGCUAGGCCAUGGUUCUGCCUCUGCUGCACAGCCCGCGGCUGCCGCGGCCCUCUGCUCCUCAAAGCCCAACCCAUCCUCACAGCCACCCUCGGGCCCAUCUGCCCAGGGUCUCCAGCCAACUGGCACACGUGAUGGUGCAAGUGGUCGUCGUCCUCGGGAACAGGGGACUCAAGAGUCCAUUGUUCAGGUCCCGGCUAAGAGGCGCCGCCUAGUGGGCGCAGUGCUCACAGCUCCGGAUCCCAAAACCCAGCCUGUGCCUGAGGACAAACCCUCCAUGGACAGCCCAGCACUGCUGGUCCCAGCAUCCUAA